CCCGGACUGCGCUCAGACUGCGCUCAGACUGCGCUCAGCUCAAUUGCACCGUCAGGCGGAAUGUAACGUCGCGCAUGAACCCGGACCUGCUUCAACAUUCGUGGCUGAUCUUCCGCCGGAGUUCGCGACACGUGACUGAUCGUUGAACCCAACAUCGACUCCACCACGACCGCCGCCGAACGAGCAGACGACGCGCCCGUUCGCUCGGCCCGACCACAUUCACACCCUCGCAGCACUGUCGGCUCGACACACAGCAUGACAGACGAAGCAUCCUCGGUGCGCUCCUCGCAGGGGUCCGCGCGACGUGCGCCCAAGAACCCCCAGCAGCAGCUCUCGCAGAUCGAAAAGUCGGUCACACAUCUGCUCGUCGCCACCAAGCAGCUCCUCGAGACACUGACAUUAUGGUCGCGCGGGACCGCCACCGAGAGCGAGGUCUCCGACGUCUAUGUGCGGCUGGGGUACGAGUUCAACAUCGCGUCGCGGGCAUUCAACGCCAUCGGAGUCGACACAAAUGAUCUCGGGAACGUGCCCGAAUUGCUGCGUGGGAUCCUCGAGGAGACACUAAGCCAGGAAGCAUCGCAAGCCAGCCUCGACAACUUCCUCCCCCGCAUACGAGACAUCAUCAUCAACCUCCUGCAUGGGCUGAAGAAGAAGCAACAGCGCCUGCGGCAGCGCACAGGCCGAGAUGGCGCGUUGAAUGGCGGCAGUCCAAGGCAGGGCAGCAUAGGAAGCAUGGGCGAGCCAGAGGAACUGCAGCAGCAGCAGCAGCAGCAGCAGCAGCAGUCACGAGCGUCGAGCCAACGGCUGCCAUCGCGCAGCGACGAGAAUGGCACCAACCCCGACCUGCCCCCUCGGUCCUCCUCCGUCGCCGGCAGAGUGUCGCCCACCAAAUACGACUCUCUGCCCUCGAACCCCAGAGCGAACCGCAACACCGGAGCAAGCCAACUGUCCACGGACUCGUCCAUGUCGAGCAACACCGCGCAGCAGAUGCCUGUCAUCGCGCCAUAUCCAGCUGACGAUGCUAUGCCCCAAACGCCAGAACCGCCGCAGCCCCCGCGACCCAACUACGCCGUCGACUUUCCACCGCCUCCACCGCCGCCGAAGCAGGAGGAUGCCCUUGCUGCCUUGCAGAGGGGCGGUGAGCUGGAGAGGAGGGCUUCGAGGCGUUUCUCUGCCUACCAGAUACAGAAGCACCUUGGCACAAAUGGCAUACCGCUUCCACCUGUGCAGAACUCACCAAUCCCGAAUCGAGGAAGGGACGUACGGGAAUCGAUGAACGCUGUGAGGACAAGAGGAUCUAUGAUGCACAACCGGCAGCGCUCGAACCAACAGCGACCGACAGUGGACACGGCUGUGGACAAAGCGAAUCAUGUCGCAAGGCGCAUCUCAGAGGAGAGCUCGCAAGGCGCGGCACCGGUCUUGCCGCCGCCCCAAGAGUCUGGGCCGCAACUGAGCCCUAUGCAGCAAACGCCAGAGGAGAUGCUGGCCCAGCCGCAGUUCCCAGCGCCAGAUCAGCCGUCCCUUGGAGCUACGAGUGGCCCACUGGGCGAUCCAAUUGAUAUGGCUAGUGACUCGCCAGAGAAGCAGCCUGCACAGCCUGCGAGUGUACCGGUGAGGAGUGGUUCUCGCAGAGCAGCGAAAUCGCCCUCUCCACAACCGCAACCAUUCGUGCCAGAGCAAUCACCCCAACCUGGCAAAGAGCUUACUCUGUUCUUGCAAUACAAGAGCAAGAUCAAGAAGUACGUGUUCUCAGAUGGAUCUGAGCUGUCACCUGGUCGACUGCAGCUGGCCUUCAUCGAGAAGUUCGCCUGGGACACUCACCGAAACGGCGAACUGCCGGAAAUCCACAUUCAAGAUCCGGUCUCCGGUGUGCGUUAUGAGCUUGAGGACUUGAACGACAUCAAAGAGCGCUCGGUCCUUGUUCUGAACGUAGAACAGCUCGACGAAGUGAAGAACCACAUCGACGACAAGUUCGGUGGCCUUAGCAAGCUGGUGGAGAGCAUCAAGACCGUUGUGACCGACCAGCAGUCGGCUAUCGAUCUUGUUGCCGAGCGUCAACAGCAGACAGCACGUGAGCUUGCCGGCAUUGCAGCAGCACCACCCUCUUCAGCGCGCACCUCAGCACUGCUACCAUCUAGGCCGAUGCAGGCUGGCACUCCACCUGAUGGCACCCUCACAUCAGCAGCCCAACUCAGCGAGGUGCAGUCACUGCGCCGUGACCUGGCCGUUGUCAGACAGACAUACUCCUCAUUGGUCUCAGACAUUCAGGCUAGCAUGUCCGCUGUCCGCACCAAGGCAAAUGCCGUCAAGUCAACUGCCGUCAAGGCCGCGCUGCCCGCACUUGAUGGAGACACUGGCCGCGCAUACAUCAACAGCGGCAAGAAAAACUUGCAGGACGAUUCCGAGAAGAUUGUCAACAGAGUGGAUGAUCUCCAGGACCUGGUGGAGGAUCUUCGCAAAGACGUUGUCAUGCGCGGUGUACGACCCCUGCCUCGCCAGCUCGAGGUCACAGCCAAAGAUCUAUCGAAGGCGACCGCUGAGCUCAAGAAAUUGCAGGACUUCCUCGCGAAGGAGAAGCCUCUGUGGACAAAGAUCUGGGAGCAGGAGUUGCAGACAGUCUGUGAAGAAAGGGAUCUCCUCACCAUGCAAGAAGAGCUUGCGGCUGAUUUGCAAGACGAUCUCGAGAAAGCGACUCAGACCUUCGAACUCGUUGAGCAAGCGACAAAGCAACAGAACCUUCAGAAUGAGAAGGACCAGGGCAAGGGAAUCCGCACCGCGAGCGGACAGAAGGCUUUGAACGCAGUCGCUAUAGAUAAGGCUGUAGACCCCCGACAAGCCCGAGACGGAGUGCUAGGCGAAGUCAAAGCUCUGCAACCAAACCACGAAAGCAGACUCGAAGCUAUCGAGCGCGCCGAGAAGGCUCGACAACGUGAUCUCGAGACUCGGCGCGACGAUGAGUUCAAACGAGAGCUCGGCGACUUCGUCUCGGAAGGCAAGCUCAAGAAGAGCGGUGGAGUCGAAGAAGUUGAACGCAUACGUCUCAUGCGCGAAGAACGUGCUCGAAAGGAGCACAUGGAGCGUGAAGCUGAGCGUAUCAGAAAGAAGUCAGAGAAGAUGGAAAGACAACGACAGGAGAGGAUGGAAGCUGCAGCCGCAGAAGCUGCAGCUCAACAGAAUGGCACCGAGGAGAAGACAGAAGAAACUCUACCAGCAGAAGACGCACCAGCACAGGAAGAGGCUAAGGAAGAAAGGGCACCGUCGCCUGAAGGUGCAAACCCUUCCUGAGACCGUGCCUUGAUCCAUUCUUAGCCCUCACAUUACUGUGUGCUGAUGCAGGGUUCACAGGUACACC